GAGAAUAAACAAGAAGAAAAGUAUAAUUGAGAGAGACAAACAUCACCAUCAGCAGUAAGUCACUGAAGAAGCAAUACCCAAAGUACAAAUCUGUGCAAUAUAUAUAUAUAUAUCUAUCGUCUAGACACUGAUUUUCAUUCAUAUCGAUUCAUCUAUCGAUCAUCAACCCACAAUUCGAUCAAUCUUAUUGGCCUCCAUGGAAGUCCGACACAAUCCGGCAAUGGGCAACUCGUCAGGAACAUCACCGCCACCUUCGAGCCUGCCCAAAACUUCCCCGAAUUUCGUCGACACCACUUCGGCCUCUCAGAGGCUUCAGAAGGAGUUGAUGUCUCUCAUGAUGAGUGGUGGAGAUCUUGGAAUAUCAGCUUUUCCUGAAGGUGAUAGCAUAUUUACCUGGAUCGGCACCAUCGAGGGCGGGAAAGGAACCAUGUAUGAGGGCUUGUCUUACAAACUUUCUUUGCAUUUUCCCCUGGAGUACCCUUUCAAGCCACCCCAAGUGAAGUUCGAGACAAUGUGCUUCCAUCCGAAUAUUGAUCAAUUUGGCAACAUUUGUCUUGACAUCCUUCAGGACAAAUGGUCUUCAGCUUAUGAUUGCAGAACAAUUCUUUUGUCCAUCCAAAGUCUCUUGGGAGAGCCCAACACUGAGAGUCCUCUCAACAGCUACGCUGCAACACUGUGGAAUAAAAAGGAAGAUUACAGAAAAAUGGUACAGAAGCAGUAUUUUGCAGGAGAAGUAAUUGAAAGCUGAUCUGUAUAUUCUUUUAUCACAAAUAACCAGAAUGCCUAUCAUGUUGUCAUACAGUACAAUUUGUCUAUUAUAUAGCUAGCUCUUCAUUUAAAUUUAAAGGUUAUAGUUUUGUUGUUCCUUUGGUGGCCUCUCUCUUCUUCUUGGUAAAGUUGUUCAUUGAAUGAUAGUGAAACACUGAAAUUGUAAUUAGCAUCAAUUUAUGGAUCUGUUUACCUGUAAUUAGCAUCUCUCUCUCUCUCUCUCUCUCAUUCGGCGUUCUCCAAAUUCAGAGAAUAUAUCUUUUUCCAAUAAUUUUUCCUUCGAUUAUGAAAUAAGAAUAGCAGCUUUUCACUUGUA